UCGGUCACAUUCUGGACGAGGAUCCGUCGCCUGACGGCGCUGUAUUAGUCAAUGCUGCCUACUUCAAGGAUUCUUGGCUGGCCAAAUUUAACCCUCAGCUAACUAGGCCUAUGAAAUUUGAACUGCCGGAUGGUGGGUCGAAGUUGGUUCCAAUGAUGGUGGCCGAGAGCAAGGAAAAGAAAGGAGGCAUGAAGAUCUUUGACUAUUACUCUGAUGGUGAUGUCCAGGUCGUGUCUAUCCCCUACACUCACCCUGAGUACUCGGCUAUUAUUGUAUUGCCUAGUACAGCAAACAAGCGUCUUGUCCUCGACGUGAGUUCCUAUGAGUCGUGGCUGUCUGGAAUGAAACGGACGCCCGGCGUGCUGAUGAUGCCCAAAUUCGAAGCCGAGUAUGGUGUGAAGGACCUGACCGGCAUCCUAGCGGAAGGAGGUCUGCAGCUGUCGGGUGACUAUUCUGGCAUGUCUGAUGGUCCCUUGCAAAUCAGCAACGUCUUCCACAAGGCUGUUCUUAAGGUGAAUGAGGAGGGAACUGAAGGCUCCGCAGCUACAGCUAUGGUCAUGAACCGUGCCUUCGUGAUGCCACCGCCGAAUUCGUUCGAGAUGGUAGUCAACAGAUCGUUUUUCUUCAUUGUUAAGCACAACCCUACCGGGCGUAUAGCAUUCUUCAGUCGCAUCAACGAUCCAUCCAGUGCCGAUGACGAGAAGUGCCAUUGAGGUUCAACGUGGCAUAUGUGAUGUAAGGUUCCCUCCUGUAGAGCUCUCGCUGCGCUGCGAUUGCGACGAUGUACGGGAA